AUGAAGAAAUGCCUUUCCCCAGAGCGAGUGGUUAGCAUUUGGAAAGCACUGGCCGAGUACCUGGUGGAGGCAGAGUCACUCGAGGCUUUCAAAGAUGCUGGAGGUGAAAGACCAUCGAGAUAUCCUCCUACACCAUGCUCGCCACAGAAACCCGAGAGUUACAGCAUCGCUCCCCUCACCCCAUCACAGUCCCCGAGAUCUCUUGGGGACACACCACGUUAUCGUCCCUUCAGCGUUGUGGUGGCCAUUGACUUCGGGACAACAGCGAGUGGCUACGCCUUCAGUCUGGUGCAGGAUCCUGAGACAAUCCACAUGAUGAGGCGAUGGGAGGGCGGUGACCCAGGAGUGGCCAAUCAGAAAACACCGACCAGCCUGCUCCUGACUCCUGAUGGCAGUUUCCACAGCCUGGGGUUCACUGCCAGAGAUCACUACCAUGACCUGGACCCCGAAGAAGCCAGGCACUGGCUCUACUUUGAGAAGUUUAAGAUGAAGAUUCACAGUACAUGUGACCUCACCAUGGAAACGGAGUUGGAGGCUGUAAACGGGAAGAGUGUGAGAGCUCUCGAAGUGUUCGCCCACGCACUGAGGUACUUCCGGAAGCAUGCCUUAAAGGAGUUGAAUGACCAGUUCUCGAUCGCACUGGACACUGAUGAUGUGCGUUGGGUGAUCACUGUACCAGCAAUCUGGAAACAGCCAGCCAAGCAGUUCAUGAGGGAGGCUGCGUAUCUGGCUGAGUUAGCCUCUCCUGAGUACCCGGAGCAGUUGCUGAUAGCUCUGGAACCUGAGGCUGCAUCGGUAUACUGCAGGAAACUCCGACUCCACCAGCUGAUAGACCUGAGCAGCACCGAGGUGACCAAUGAGCACGGGCCAGACAAUCCCGUCAUGUCCAGCUUCAGGCAAGCUCGGGAACAGCUCCGACGAUUGAGGCAGAGUCGAACGUUCCAGAUGGAGAGCGGCGUUGGUGAUCUGUGGGCUGAAAUGGAGACAGGUGACUGUUACAUCGUGGCUGACUGUGGUGGGGGCACUGUUGAUCUCACGGUUCACCAGAUUGAGCAGCCUCAGGGGACCCUGAAGGAACUCUACAAAGCCUCAGGAGGACCAUACGGAGCGGUUGGCGUGGACCUUGCUUUUGAGAAGAUGCUAUGCCAGAUCUUUGGUACUGAUUACAUUGAGCGGUUUAAGGUAAAGCGGCCAGCAGCAUGGGUGGAUUUGAUGAUAGCCUUUGAAGCACGAAAAAGGACAGCUUCCCCCAAGAGAGUUAAUCCCCUGAAUAUCUCCUUACCGUUCUCCUUCAUCGACUAUUACAGGAAGUAUAAAGGGCAGAGCGUGGAAACUGCACUGAAAAAGAACAGCAAUAAGCUGGUGAAGUGGUCCUCCCAGGGAAUGUUGCGAAUGAGUCCAGAGGCCAUCGCUGAGCUCUUCCAGCCAACUGUCAAACAGGUUGUGGUUCACAUUGAGAACUUGUUGAACAAGCCGGAAGUCGCUGGAGUGAAGUUCCUCUUUUUGGUUGGUGGUUUUGCGGAGUCUCCCAUUCUCCAGCAGGCCGUUCAGCAUGCCUUCAGCAACAUGUGUCGCGUUAUCAUCCCCCAAGACGUGGGGCUCACCAUCCUAAAAGGGGCCGUGCUGUUCGGCCUUGACCCUACGAUCGUCAGGGUCAGGCGUUCCCCUUUGACUUACGGAGUCGGCGUCCUCAACAAGUUCGUGGAGGGGAAGCACCCGAGGGAGAAGCUCCUGGUCAAGGAGGGCACCCAGUGGUGCACUGACGUAUUCGACAAGUUUGUGUCGGUUGACCAGUCGGUCGCCUUGGGUGAGGUGAUACAGCGCAGCUACAUGCCGGCCAGACAACACCAGAAGAAGAUCAUCAUCAACAUCUACUGCAGCGGGCGAGAGGACAUCCUGUACAUCAGUGACCCCGAGGUCCGCAAGUGUGGGACAGUCAGUCUGGAAUUGUCCGACACGGACAAGCUCACCUCCAGGAGACCCCGGCGUGAGAUCCGAACCAGCAUGCAGUUCGGAGACACCGAGAUCCGCGUCACUGCCAUGGACGUGGCCACCUCCCGGUCCGUGAGAGCAUCGAUCGACUUCCUGUCCAAUUAA